AUGCUCACCAGGGUGCAACUCCCCAGUAAGCACUCCAGCAACAACCCUAGUAGCAGCGGGGGUUUCUCGCCCAAGAUUGAGCAGCUGCAGACUUCUUACACAUACACUCAACCAUCAUCACCCUCACCAAACACUCAAGAGUUCAGCUACGAUCCUUAUAGUCAUUACUCGCCAUCCUCAAACGAGGUUUCAUAUGGUUAUGGAUAUGUUCCUCCGCAAGUUUCAUCUCCUGCAAACACAAGUACAUAUCUGCAGCCAUUAUCGCCGAGUCAGGAUUCAUAUCAGGUCUACAAUUACAAUCGGUAUCAGCAGCAGCAGCAGCAAUACCAACAACAGCAGCCAUCAUUACCCCCCGCUAAUGAUGGCGGCUCCGCCCAAAAGUAUUCAGGAUACCCCCCCGCAUCGGCGUUUUACGGGCCAUCACCAAACAUGGUUGCUGGAAGGUCCACAGCAUCAUCAUCAUCAUCGUCCCACCAGUCACAUUACCGAAGAAGAAGUUCCGCGCGAAAAUCUCCAGAAGAGUACACAUUCGAGACCUGGUACACCGCAGAUGGCCGUAAAGUCGAAUACUCACCAAUGCACAUGAACUGUGCGACGAUGUAG